UAUUUACUACGCUUGCGGCGUGAGUGAAUUAUUUUUGUUUUAAAGCAAAAAUAAAGCUUUGCAUUUGUUACUACAUACUUGUAAUAUAUUUAAUAUGGAUAGUCCAGAUUUAUUGCCGACUCACGUCCCCCUAUCGGAUUCCGAACAAUCUAACACUUCAGGGAGUGUUCCCGCUAUUAUAGCGACAUCGGCAAACGAGGAUUUCUCCGAGCUUCAAGAGCAAGUAAUGGCUAAUUUCCAGAAGCCCAAUGUACCUAAUAUAAACGUUCCUGAAAAGAUAAUAUUUUGUUUGGACGUUUGUUACGACAACAACAAAUCAUUGUAUAGGUUGGGUGAUGGCUCGACAUUCACUCCCAUUAACAUGAUGAAGCGGGUCCUCGACUUUUUCUUACAUUCAAAGAGUGCCAUCAAUAAAAAGACAGAGUAUGCCAUUAUUGUUCUAAAAGACACAGAAGCGUCCUGGGUUCUUAAUUUUACAAGUCAUGUGAAGGAUGUCGUAAAUGCAAUUGACUAUAUCAAUCCUGAGGAGUGCACAUCGGAAACUUUUGACUUCAAAAAGCUGUUCCAGUUGAUAAAACAAAAAGUUGAAAUACCUGAAUAUAAGGAAGGUGACUGUAUACUGCCUCCCUCUUAUGUUGUGCGAAUGAUUGUAAUGUAUGGUCGAUCUAGUUGUAUACCAACAAUACCACAAGAUGAUGCAUAUUUCAUAUUCCUGAAGAAGCAGUUAUAUUUCUACAUAGACAUACUGCUGGCUCAUGAAGAAGAUUGUGCACUGUAUAAAUGUGAAGAGAUUUAUGAUGCACUGCAAGAUCUGGAUAAUGGAUAUUCUUAUGUUUAUGAAGUAUCAAGAAAUGCUACUAAGAUUCAUGACUGCAUUGCAAAACUACUAGCCCACCCUUUGCAGAGGCCAUUACAGAAAAACACAGAUUAUGCAUUUGGUAUUAAGUAUUAAAAUUUAUUAUAAUUAA